CAAGAGAGAACUAUGACCUGUCUUCGCGGACAAGAAACACCAAUCAUUCCAACUACUAAAAAUAUUCUGGGUAUAUACAUAUAUACUAUAGACGAAGAGUAUGUUUUUAAAACCCUGGACGCAGAACAGUGCUCCCAUCAUCUAGCAGGCCUUUCUCUGUUCAAAACUCUCUACAAUAUCAUCCAGCAAGAAUGCACAGCAAUCACUUGCUACUCGAAGAACCCAUCCGGAUGGCCUCCAUUUUGGAGCCAUCGAAAUCUAGUUUCUUCCCUGCGAUGACAAAGAUCGUGGGAACGUUGGGUCCUAAGUCUAGAUCCGUCGAAGUUAUCUCUAGCUGCCUUAAAGCGGGAAUGUCGGUGGCAAGAUUUGAUUUUUCAUGGAGAGAUGCGGAUUAUCACCGGGAAACACUGGAUAAUCUGAAGGCCGCUAUCAAGAGUACUAAGAAGCUCUGUGCUGUCAUGUUAGAUACUGUUGGACCGGAGUUGCAGGUAGUUAACAAAAGUGAGAAGACAAUUUCCCUCAAGGAAGAUGCCACUGUCAUCAUGACACCUGACAAAGGUGAAGAAGCAUCUUCAGAAGUAUUGCCUAUAAAUUUCACUGGAUUAGCUAAGGCUGUGAAAAAGGGAGACACCAUUUUUCUUGGACAAUACCUCUUCACUGGAAGCGAGACUACCUCUGUUUGGCUUGAGGUGGAUCAAGUGAAGGGUGAAGAUGUUGUUUGUGUGGUAAAGAACUCAGCAACUUUGACUGGAUCGUUAUUCACUCUACAUGUUUCUCAAGUCCAUAUUGAUCUCCCUACUCUUUCUGACAAAGAUAAAGAGGCCAUAAGCUCAUGGGGGGUACAGAACAAAAUUGAUUUCCUUUCACUAUCAUAUACAAGGCAUGCUGAAGAUGUUCGUGAGGCUCGCAAUUUUCUCUCUAAGCUCGGCGAUCUUAGUCAGACACAGAUCUUUGCAAAAAUUGAAAAUGUAGAGGGCUUAACUCAUUUUGAUGAGAUCCUUCAAGAGGCUGAUGGCAUAAUUCUAUCUCGUGGAAAUCUUGGCAUUGAUCUUCCUCCUGAGAAGGUGUUUUUAUUUCAGAAGGCUGCGGUCCAUAAAUGUAACAUGGCUGGAAAACCAGCUGUAGUAACACGCGUUGUUGAUAGCAUGACUGACAACCUUAGACCUACACGCGCUGAAGCAACUGAUGUUGCUAAUGCUGUCUUGGAUGGUACCGAUGCAAUUCUGCUUGGUGCUGAAACUUUGCGUGGAUUGUACCCCGUUGAAUGCAUUUCUAUUGUAGGAAAAAUUUGCUCUGAGGCAGAGAAAGUCUUUAACCAAGAUGUGUAUUUCAAGAAGACCGUUAAGUUUGCUGGGGAGCCCAUGACACACUUGGAAUCAAUUGCAUCCACUGCGGUACGAGCAGCCAUCAAAGUGAAAGCUUCUGUUAUCAUUUGCUUCACUUCAUCUGGAAGGGCUGCAAGACUAAUAGCAAAAUAUAGGCCAACAAUGCCAGUACUAUCAGUAGUAAUUCCUCGUCUCAAGACAAAUCAACUCAAGUGGAGCUUUAGCGGUGCAUUUGAGGCAAGGCAAUCGCUGAUUGUACGUGGGCUUUUCCCCAUGCUUGCUGAUCCUCAACAUCCUGCUGAGCAUACAAAUGCCACAAACGAAUCUGUGCUUAAAGUUGCACUUGACCACGGGAUGGCGGCUGGAGUUGUCAAAUCGCAUGACCGAGUUGUGGUGUGCCAGAAAGUUGGAGACGCGUCGGUGGUUAAGAUUAUCGAGCUAGAAGAAUAGAUGUUCUUCUCACUUCCCUUCCAAAGUUUUGUUGUCUUCUCGCACUAGGCGUAUCAAUUGCCAUUCUUUUACAUUUGUUGCGUGGUAAAAACCAUAUGAUAAUUUUAUUUAAGGGUAUUGGAGUAGGCAGAUACCCAUGUAAUUUAAACACUUUGUGAAAAAUAAUCAGUGCAUGUUUGAGCUGAAUUUCACGUUUCAAAUCCUAAAAGAUCUUUUAAAGGAAAAACAAACGGAAAAGCUCUUGAUCAAA